AUGUCUCUCCCCGCCGGUGUCCAGAUCACCCUUCCCACCCCCCAGGGUGCUGAGAAGAUCCUCUCAAAGGAUGCCAUCACCUUCCUCGCCGUCCUUCACCGCUGCUUUGACAAGAAGCGCCGCGAGCUCCUCGCCAACCGCAACAAGAUCCAGGUCGAGCUUGACAAUGGCAAGCCCCUCACUUUCCUCCCCGAGACCAAGGCCAUCCGCGAGGCUCCUUCGUGGCAGUGCGCCCCUCCCGGCCCUGGUCUUGCCGACCGCCGCGUUGAGAUCACUGGUCCCACCGACCGCAAGAUGGUGAUCAACGCCCUCAACUCGGGCGCAAAGUGCUUCAUGGCCGACUUUGAGGACUCGAACUCUCCCACCUGGACCAACAUGGUCAACGGCCAGGUCAACCUCUACGACGCCGUUCGCCGCCAGGUCGACUUUGACAUCAACGGCAAGUGGUACAAGCUCUCCCAGAGCCCCGCCACUCUUCUCGUUCGCCCCCGUGGCUGGCACCUUGACGAGACCCGUGUCAUUAUCGACGGCCAGCCCAUGUCUGGUUCCCUCUUCGACUUUGGUCUCUUCUUCUACCACAACGCCAAGGAGCAGGUCGCCCGCGGCCUCGGCCCCUACUUCUACCUCCCCAAGAUGGAGCACCACCUCGAGGCCCGCCUCUGGAACGACGUCUUCAACCUCGCUCAGAACUACUGCGGUGUCCCCAACGGCACCAUCCGUGCCACCGUCCUCAUCGAGACCCUCCCCGCCGCUUACCAGAUGGAGGAGAUCCUCUUCGAGCUCAAGGAGCACUCGGCCGGCCUCAACUGCGGUCGCUGGGACUACAUCUUCUCUUUCAUCAAGCGCCAGCGUGCCUCGCGCAACGCCGUCAUGCCCGACCGCUCCGACGUCACCAUGACCGUCCCCUUCAUGGACGCCUACGUCAAGCUCCUCAUCGCCACUUGCCACAAGCGCAAGGUCGCUGCCAUGGGCGGCAUGUCGGCCCUCAUUCCCAUCAAGAACGACGACGCUGCCAACGAGCGUGCGAUGGACAAGGUCCGCGCUGACAAGCUCCGUGAGGUCCAGGCAGGUCACGAUGGCACUUGGGUUGCUCACCCGGCCCUUGUCAAGCUCGCCAUGGACAUUUUCGACGACAACAUGAAGGGCCCCAACCAGUACUACGUCCGCAACGACAACGUGCAGGUCCGCGACUCCAACAUCAGUGACCCCAAGGUCCCCGGCAAGGUCACCGACGCCGGUGUUCGCGACAACGUCUCCGCCGCCCUCUCGUACUGCGCCGCUUGGAUCUCGGGCAACGGCUGUGUCCCCAUCAACAACCUCAUGGAGGACGCUGCUACUGCUGAGAUCUCGCGCUGCCAGCUCUGGCAGUGGGCCAAGUACGGCACCAAGACCGACUCGGGCAAGACCAUCAACCUCCAGUACCUCAAGCCCAUCUUUGAGGAGGAGAGCGCCAAGGUUGCCAAGCUCCCCGGAAUCUCGGCCGCGCACGUCCAGAUCUCCAAGGACUACAUGCUCUCGCAGGUCCAGGCCACUUACCCGUCGGAUUUCUUGACUUCGGACCUCCAGCACCACCUCGAGGGCGGCGCUGCCCCCACCCGCCGGGCCGCUCUCUAA